UUGAUCACAUGGUAUUCCAAGCCCUGUUUUCAGAUACUUGGCUUACCGUACAUCCUUGGUAAUACUGACCGAUGGCCUCUCAUUUUCGCAUUCACUGUCGUACCAUCAGUGUUGCAAGUGAUCACACUGCCGAUGAUCCCCGAAUCACCCAAGUACACCCUGUGUGUUCGUGGGCAGCAAGAUAAAGCUACCCGUGAUCUGAAGAAGUUGAGAGGAACAAAUGAUGUGAGUGCCGAGAUUGAAAUGUUCCGUGAAGAAGCGGCCGCCAGUGGUGCAGCAGCUCAACAACGUCCAUCAAUGCUGGACAUGUUCCGUGGAUCUUUGCUUUGGCCGAUGACCAUCGCUAUAAUGAUGAUGCUUGCCCAGCAGCUGUCAGGUAUCAAUGUGGCCAUGUUCUACUCGACGGUGAUUUUCAAGCAGGCCGGUCUCAGCAACGAAGGUGCUGUCUAUGCAACGAUUGGUAUGGGUACAGUGAAUGUGAUCAUGACCGUCAUAUCAGUGUGGCUGGUAGAUCAUCCAAAGUUCGGACGUCGUUCGUUGAUGUUGAUGGGUAUGAGCGGAAUGUGGAUCUCAACAAUUCUACUGGUGGUUGCCCUCUCACUGACUGCCAGCGGUCACCAGUGGGCCAGCUAUGGUGCUAUCGUUUUCGUGCUGCUAUUCGUAAUCUCAUUCGCUACUGGGCCAGGUCAGUGA